AUGGAAGCGACCUACCAGUCUCAGAUCCAACCAGAGGCCUCGGCCUCCGACAUGGAAUCCACUACUCCACCCGAUAAGCCUAGUCUCCAGAAACGAAGACACCCCCGUUCCGCCGCAACCUACCCCCGGAAGCGGGCUACUCAAGCAUGCCAAACUUGUCGCCUUAGACGCACAAAGUGCGAUAAUACCCGGCCCUCUUGUGCAUCCUGUGUGCGGCUCGGGGCGGAAUGUUCCUACCAGCAGCCUUGCUUUUCGACAUUUGAUUCCGCCAGUCUGGCGAUUCUCAAACGGAUCGAUGAUCUGGAAUCACUGAUCCAGACCAAGGUGAACGAUCUACCUCCGGUGGGUCCGUCUAACGUUCCCCUUUCUACAUCGCCGCUUAGCAUAUCCCAUGAAAUUUGGUCACCUGUGCUUGACCAGCAGACACAAUGGAAACCCUCUUUUAUCAACAUUGAGGAGGUUCUCAGAUGGCCUGUUUUCGAUGACCAAGAACUUGAACCGCGACUGUAUCUAAUAUCUCCAUCCGAAGAGAACACAAGUUAUCAGGACCUACCGAUAUCCGUGGAUCUUGACCUCCAUGCGGCCGACCACCUCGUUCACAGUUUCUUCAAUAAUGUACACAUCUUCAACCCUACGCUAAAGGAGGAGGAUAUCAACGAAUAUGUGAGGACUGUGCGAUUGAAUGGUAUUGGGUGGGACGCAAUGUCUUGUCUGUUGCUUCUCAUAUACGCCAAUGGUUCAAUCGCGACACCAUUUGUAAGGAAUGGGCAGGGCGUAUCUUCUAGUCUGUUUCACCAGUCAACGGAAUUUUUACAAGCCGAAGCAUAUUUCCUUGCCGCGCAGAAGCGGAUGGGCAUGCUGCUCUGCAGAAGCGGUGCGAUUGAAGCGCAAUGCUUUUUUCUAGCCGGUGUGUAUCUAAUGACAACAUUGCGGUCGGUGGAGGCAUGGAGGAUGUUUGUGCAAGCACUGGCGUGCUGUCGGGGAUUUUCCAUUCCCCAUACCCAUGGUAACCGUCACGAAGACGCGUGGGACACGAAGCAGAGAAUAUACUGGACCUGCUUGAAGUCUGAGCUAGAGCUGCGGCUGGAAUUAAAUCUUUACCAAAAGAAUGUUCUGGAUCUGACAUACCCUACAUUCUUUCCGUCGCCUCCAGAAGAGCUCAAGUCCAAAGAUGAAGCGGCAUGGUACUUCUACCUCGCCGAAAUCGCUUUGCGACGACUGGAAAACCGCAUUCUGGGCUAUCUUUACCGACCUUACGCGGUAGACUCACAAUCCAACAUGGAAGCUGUGAUUCUUGACUUCGAGGAGCAAGCAGACGCAUGGCUGCGAUCUCUUCCCGAAGCAUUGGCUCCAGAUGCAGGCAAUCCCCGUACAGACCAAUAUGAGCCCUUCCGAUUCAUUCUCAGUGGUCAUUUCCUUGACUGUCAAGAGACAAUGUACUGGCACUUUCUGGUCGAGGCCGUACAUGGCCGAGCGGAAGGAAACAGCGACAUCCUUCUGCGCAAAGGACUGAGGGUCUGUGUUGAUAGAAUACAGCAGAAUCGCACAGGAUUCUACCAUCGUCACCACGGAACAUGGCUCAUGCUCCGGUCGUGUACAAGGAGUGCGUUGGUGCUACUUGCAGCUGAGCGCAGCGUAGAGCUGGUCCACUUACUACCUCUAGGCUGGGAGGCGGUGGUAUUUGAUGUUUGUAGGAUGCUAGAAUUCUGGAAGGAUGAGUCCAAUGAUGUAAUGGGGUUGUUCACUGUUGUUCAAACGCUGCUGGAAGCCAGGGGACAUUAG